CGCUUUACCGGUUCUAGCUUUUACCUGUUCUAGCUUUUACCUUGUUCUAGUUCGGGUUUAAACCAAAUCUCUGAGCGAGUGACAACAAUGAAGCUGAUAAUACUGAGAGAGUAUGAUGAAGCCAGCGAAUGGGCUGCCAAAUACAUCCGAAACAGGAUAGUCCGCUUUAAACCCGGUCCGGACCGGUUCUUCACCCUGGGCCUUCCGACAGGCAGCACUCCGCUGGGAUGCUAUAAGAAACUGAUUGAGUUCUACAAGAAAGGGGAAAUAUCUUUUCAGUAUGUGAAGACCUUUAACAUGGAUGAGUAUGUAGGACUGCCCAGAGAACAUCCCGAAAGUUAUCACUCCUUCAUGUGGAACAACUUCUUUAAGCAUAUCGACAUCCGAUCAGAAAACGCACAUAUUCUGGACGGCAACGCUCCAGACCUGCAGACGGAAUGCCAGGACUUUGAGGAGAAGAUUAAAGCUGCUGGUGGGAUUGAUCUCUUUGUAGGUGGUAUUGGACCUGAUGGUCACAUUGCUUUCAACGAGCCCGGGUCUAGCCUCGUGUCUCGAACCAGGGUCAAGACCUUGGCUAUGGACACCAUCCUGGCCAAUGCUCGUUUCUUCGAUGGAGAUCUGUCCAAAGUCCCGACCAUGGCUCUUACUGUAGGAGUUGGCACAGUGAUGGAUGCCCGUGAGGUGAUGAUCCUCAUCACCGGUGCACAUAAAGCUUUUGCCCUGUACAAGGCCAUAGAGGAAGGUGUGAACCACAUGUGGACGGUUUCAGCAUUUCAGCAACAUCCUCAGACCAUCUUUGUGUGUGAUGACGAUGCGACACAAGAGCUGCGGGUCAAGACGGUGAAAUACUUCAAAGGCAUGAUGCAUGUUCACAAUAAGCUGGUGGAGGAACCAUAGUUUCAGCUGAAAUUAGGAGGAGACAUUGAUUUUGUAUUUUAUAUUUUAAGUAUUACAUUUUUAACAUUUUGAAAUGUAUACUGUUUCUACUUGCAGUAGCAAUGAUACAAAGGAUUUAAAUAAAUGAAAGAAAAUUCU